AUGUCUCUUGUGUUUUGUAAUCUUCGUCGCAUGUCAACUGCAUCUAGAGUUGUAGAAAAGUCACAAAUUUUUUAUCCUAACCUGUCGCAAUUUAUACGUUGCAAAUCAGACGAUGUAACUGUCACUAUUGGUAAUGUUUCAAAACAAGUGAAGCCAGUACAGAAUCCUGAAUAUGUACCCAGAAAAUAUUUGAUGAAGACAACUACUCAAGAAUCAUUGAGGCAUUUAAAAUGGAUGCUCCAAAAAGAUAUUUUAUGUCAAGAUAUUUUUUUAAUGGGUGGACCAGGCACCAGACGAAGAGAAUUAGCUCUAGCAUUUCUGGAACUCACUGGUCGUGAGUUAGAAUUUAUCGCACUUUCAAGGGAUACAACUGAGGCAGAUUUAAAACAGAGGAGAGAAAUUAAAAGUGGCACUGCCUACUAUCACGAUCAAAGUGCAGUGAGGGCUGCAACAAAUGGAAGAGUUCUUAUUAUCGAAGGUGUUGAGAAAGCUGAACGAAAUGUACUUCCUGUAUUGAAUAAUUUGUUAGAAAAUCGUGAGAUGCAUUUAGAAGAUGGUAGAUUUCUAAUACCAGCAUCACGUUAUGACAAGUUACUUGAGAUACAUACUCAAGAAGAGUUGAAUGCUUGGCGACUUGUCAGAGUUAGUGAAGAUUUUAGAGUUAUUGCACUCGGUUUACCAUCACCACAGUAUCCUGGACAUCCACUCGACCCUCCCCUUAGAUCUAGGUUUCAAGGCAGACAUAUACCACCUCCAAAUUAUGAAGAUCAACUGGAAUUUUUAAAAAAGUUAGUCCCGAACGUUGACAGCGGGAGAUUGUCGCAACUGUUGUCGUGCGCGCACGCUUUGGUUACGAAAGAGGCCGUAUCUUUGGGCCUUCCUGAUUUCCCUUUGGACAAUCUAACGUCAGCCGCCAUUAUAAUGGACAAAUGUCCACACCUGCCGGUAUUUGACAUAUUUUACAGGUACUAUCCGUACAAAUUGUUUCUGGGGAAGGAGGGCCAAACUGCGGUCGAGGAUAUGUUAAAAACAUUCAGUAUUCUAGACUCAACGACGAAGGGUGAUAGACUUUCCAGACGCGCGAAUGUAAGCGAGAAACAGGACGAUUCUUUGAGGGUUACGAUAGAGCAUGGUAAACAUAGAACAACACUGAACGUUCCUUGUGGCAAGCAAAAGAUAAAUUGUAAUGUAGGGUCGAAUGAUUAUGUAGAAACAAAUUAUCAGAACGAUUUGUUAGCCAGUAUGUUGGAGUCACACCUGGUUUCGGACUUGUGUGUAAUCGGCCCGAAGGGAUGUGGAAAGUCUACGACUGUACAGACGUUGGCCAAUUUAUUGGGUUAUCAAGUAGAACCUGUAGUACUUUAUCAGGAUAUGACUUCGAGGGAUUUGAUACAGCAACGAACAACAUCAUCUAACGGCGAUACGGUCUGGAAGAAUUCAGCGCUGGUCGAGGCGGCCCUGCAUGGAAAAUUGGCUGUAUUGGACGGAAUUAAUAGGAUCCAUCCUAGCACUUUGGCGAUCUUACACAGAUUAGUUCACGAUCGGGAGCUACAAUUACACGACGGCAAGAGGUUGAUCAGAGCUGAUCGGUACGACGAGAUAAAAACGGAGUAUAACAAGUCGGACGAGGACAUGCAAAAUUCAGGUGUACUACGUAUCAAUCCAUCGUUCAGAAUCAUAGCCUUGGCGGAAUCGCCGUUGAUCAAUAGUCCUUCGGGACAAUGGUUAAAUUCCGAACUACUCAGUUUGUUCCCUUUCCAUGAGAUGAGGCCGUUGGCUAAAUCGGAGGAACUCCAUAUCAUACGAUCGAAGUACGGAGAACCCUCUAAGGCGUUAUCGAGCAUUCUCGAGCUGGCACACGUUCUACGGUCCUCCAGCGAUCCUAUUCUUCAAUCCUUGGCCGCCUCCUUGAGCACUAGACAGCUUCUGAGGAUAGCCGAGAGAAUGCAUAAAUUUCGUAGCGACGACGCGUACGACGCUGUACAACGCGCCUGUUUAGCCCGGUUCUUACCAGCGUUGGCGAGAAAGGCUCUGGGAGACUGUUGCGGUCGGAUAGGUAUCGUCCCAACCAUAACGCCGUUGAAUAAGGACAUCAAGUGCAAAGUCACGGAAACCACCUUGCAAAUCGGGAACACUGUCGUCGAUCGAUACAACACGAAGGCUCUGACGAAAGUACCCGAUAUCUUGUUUUACAAUGUACCCCAGCACAUCGCUCUAUUGGAGAGGCUGCUGCAGGACUUCAGUUUAGGGCAGCAUAUACUGCUGGUCGGCAAUCAGGGUGUCGGCAAGAACAAAAUCGUCGACAGGCUGCUGCAACUCUUGAACCGACCGCGGGAGUACAUACAACUGCACAGAGACACGACCGUUCAAACUUUGACGCUGCAGCCGGUGGUUAGGGACGGGAAAGUGAUGUACGAAGACUCGCCGCUGGUGCAGGCUGUUAAACUUGGCCAUGUGCUUGUCGUUGACGAGGCGGACAAAGCUCCUACUAAUGUCACCUGCAUUCUGAAAACAUUAGUCGAAUCUGGAGAAAUGAUAUUGUCGGAUGGUAGACGAAUCGUUUCUUCUAAAAACGCUUCCAAAGAGAAUUCAAACAUAAUAGCGCUUCAUUCAGACUUCAGAAUGAUAGUGCUAGCAAACAGGCCUGGAUUUCCAUUCUUGGGGAAUGACUUUUUCGGAGCUUUGGGCGAUCUGUUCAGCACGCACGCCGUCGACAAUCCAAGUAUCGACGACGAGAUUCAGCUUCUGAAGCAAUAUGGCCCACGCGUGGACGAGAAAGUAAUAUUUAAGCUAGUAAAAGCUUUCGGAGAAUUGAGGGACAUGGCCGACAAAGGUUUAGUUUCGUAUCCGUAUUCGACUCGAGAAGUUGUUAAUAUCGUGAAGCAUAUAGAGAAAUUCCCUCAGGAACCUUUGGGUAACGUGGUGCGCAAUGUAUUCGAUUUCGAUCGGUACAGUAAAGAAAUUUUUGAUACUUUAGUCUCUGUUCUUCACAAACAUGGGAUUGCUAUAGGAACCAGUCCCAAUAAUAUCUCGUUAGCGAAAGAAAUUUCUUUCCCGGAACACAAGAUUUCCAUUAUUUGGGACAUAUUAAAGAAGGAAAAUAUAUUGCCUGUGCAAGAAAGAUACAUUAAGUUCAGAUCGCCGAUACGUUUAACACAGAACAAUUUGCCAUUAGACCGUGUCGAUGCUAGAUCGACUUUAUUCAGCGAAUUGCAAAGUUAUUGGACUAUACCGAUAAGCGAUUAUGGUAUGGUCGCCGGUUUGACCGUGGCCAAAGGUGCAAAAGGCGAUGGUACAGACGAUACUAUCCAUAUUUUAGCGUCGAAUCCUUUAAGAAUCUUUAGUAUAAACCAGGAAUCAGAUAGAAUUAAGGAGACUGUGAUACAGAAUGUAAUAAGUGCAGAUAAUAGGUCCAUAUUCAAGAUGGCAACUGAUAAUGAACAGAAUGUUUUGGUACACGAAGAAUUAAGUAAUAGUUUCGUAAUGGUAAAUUUGGAUAAUAAAUCUGCUCAACGUGUACAGUCAGCAUCUGUUUUCGACAUGGCGUCGGACAGAAUAUCAAGAAGCUUCAAUACGAAACAGCUUCAGUGGAAGAUGAAAAAUGAUCUGAUACAGUCUCGCAAUCAAAUCGUUUUCCAUACCCUGAAUUCCAAUAAAAUCGAAGUUAUCGAUUUACGUUCCGCGAACGCCUACUCGAUUAAUGUACCAUUCGACAUAGAAUCGAUUAUGAUCGCGUCCACGAGAAAAUGGCUGAUCCAAGAUACGUCUGGUACCAGGUAUAUUCUUAGAAAAUCUACCGACUCCUUACCUUGCCCAAAUGUUCUGCAAGAAAUCGAAGAGCCUGUCGACAUUCGACGAAAAUUUGGUUCACUUCGGAGUUGCAGCAAGAAUGACAUACCUGUUAGUAUACUUACCGCAGCGCUGGAACAACAAAUCGAUUCUCCGAAUAGACUCUUGGUGGGUGACAAUGUAUACGUUGGAAUCGCAAUUGGAUUUCCUGAUUUAGAUAGUUUCACCGAACUUCAUUUUUGGCCGAGAAAACAGCGAAGUCGAAGUUCUGAUUCUUCGAUUGUCAUGGAGAACGGUCAUAUUAUUCGAGCGGCUAUGCCGGAUGAAGUGCCGGAAGAUGUUUUACCCCAAAAUGGUAGACACUCGGAUAUCUCUCACUACCUAGAAAUUGUUGACAUUACGAACCAUAAGCUGCGUUACAUACCUGUACCACAAGCAGUCAAUGAAUCGAUAUAUGCCCAACAGUUGUACGCACCCUAUUAUCCUCUCUAUAUCGCCGCGAAAUCGAAUCAUGAUUUGGUAACAGUGGACGCAGGUGGUUGUCUUCGUGUUUGGGAAACCUCUGCAGGAAACAUCGAAAGAUCGUUGGAAGCGUGGCAAAGAAUGGUAGGCAGUGAUAACGAAAGACUGCAGAUCACCAAAGAGAGGUAUUCCGGUCUGGACGUUAGUAGUCCGAAGCACGGUAAAGUCGACGAGAAAAAUGAGCCGCACGUUGGUGGGAAUACGUGGGCUGGGGGAACCGGAGGAAGAGAUACAGCUGGCCUCGGUGGGAAGGGUGGACCUUAUCGUUUGGACGCGGGCCACACGGUGCACCAACUUAGCGACGAGGAGAAAAACGCGGUGCCGGAACACAUAAAAAAGGCGGCGAGAGAAAUGGGAGUUAAAGCGUUCAAGCAACGCUUGAAAGACAUCAAAAUGGGGGAAUACGACAAUCAAUUGUAUUCACGGUUCAGUAACCCGGUUCAGAAACAGGUUCAGGCAUUGAGGACAAUAAUAGGAAGCCUCCAAGCUAAAAGCAAAGAACGAGAAUGGUGCAGACAUCAGACCUCUGGUGAGUUGGAUGAUACAAAAUUGAUAGAAGGUCUAACAGGUGAGAGAACGAUAUAUCGAAGGAGAGCGGAGAAGGAACCGGAGCUUGGUACGCCGCCAUCAAAACCAAAGCGUUUAAAAUUAGUGGUGGACGUGUCUGGUAGCAUGUAUAGGUUUAACGGGUACGAUGGUCGCCUGGAUCGUGAGAUGGAGGCCAGCGUUAUGGUAAUGGAAGCGUUUAGCGGAUACGAAGGGAAAUUUCAGUAUGACAUCGUUGGUCAUUCCGGCGAUGAUUAUGAUAUUGUUUUCGUGAAGCAUACACAGCCACCGACCGAUAAUAAGCGGAGAUUGGAAAUAAUAAAGACGAUGUACGCGCACUCGCAGUUUUGCAUAUCUGGUGAUAAUACCUUGGAGGCCACUCAAUAUUCAAUUGCAAGCCUCGCUAAAGAAGAUUCCGACGAAGCUAUCGUUGUUGUAUUGUCUGACGCCAAUUUAGAACGUUAUGGUAUUCGACCUGAAAGUUUCGCUAAGGUUCUCAUGUCGAAUCCGGAUGUGAAUGCGUUCGCCAUAUUCAUUGGAUCCUUGGGUGAUCAGGCAACUAGAUUGAUGACGAAAAUGCCAUUGGGCCGAGCAUUCGUGUGCAUGGACCUUAAGGAGAUACCUCGAAUUUUACAGCAGAUAUUUGCUGUUUCUUUGCUAAGUACUACGCGAUCCAAUUAAAAUGUCACACUGGUAAAUAUGUACAGUUCUUGUGAAUAUUUGUAACAGUAUCGAAGCAAACAGUAUACUAUACGUAUGUUUAACUUCCGUCUGUAUGCAUAGCUUAUAAAUUUUUAACGAUACAUACGGUUC